GGCGUUAAUAAACAUGUCAUUGUAUACGCUGCUCGCAAAAUGACGCUUCCAUCCCGCCUUUCCGCUCUCUCUGCCAACGCCCGUAUUCUAUUGACACCGGUCUCGCGGAGAGUCUGGGCAGACCAUGGACGCUCAAGUAUUCGUGUGGCUGAUAAACCUCAGAGCCAUGAAGGAAGCUCGUCAAAGUUUAGCACUCUUAAUGGGAUUAGGGCUUAUUGUACUGGCCAAGAUUUGUCAAUGAAGAAGUGUGUGCCAUGCAGCUCCAAAGAUCUGAGGCCUAUGACUGAGGAUGCAGCCAACAUUUUGAUCCAACGGGUUCCUGGAUGGAAUCUGAUGAAUGAAGGUGGUGUCCAGAAGCUGCAUCGGUCAUGGAAAGUCAAGACUUUUGUGAAAGGAAUGGAGUUUCUUAAGCUUGUAGCUGAUGUCGCUGAAGCAGAAGGUCAUCACCCGGAUCUUCAUCUUGUCGGAUGGAACAAUGUAAAGAUUGAUAUAUGGACUCAUGCAGUAGGUGGACUAACUGAGAAUGAUUUCAUACUUGCUGCCAAGAUUAACGGACUGAAUCUCCACAAUCUUCUGAGGAUAACACCUGCUAAUAAGUGACUGAUCACAGUUGUAGACGUUUCUGUACUUACUAACUGUGCAACAUGGAUAGUGUACAAACAGAGUGGUUGCUUCUGGUUAGUAAUAAUCAGCAAUCUUUUGUGUUUGCAUGUUGUCGAGAGCGUGUAGCUGAAACCGUGUCUUUCCAGAUUCAAGAAUGAAUGUUGUUGUGUCGUUGAUAUUUCUUGA